AUGUCUGCUUCCAGGAGCUGGUCCUUUAUGCUGAUCAUUUUGUUCCAUUUGUUCCAAAGAAGUACAUCCUGUGGUAUUUCCACCCAUAUAGAAAUAGCACACAGAGCUCUGGAAUUUUUCAACCAGCAAGAUGGCACUAUUAACUAUAAAGAGCUGUUAUUAGAACACCAAGAUGCUUAUCAGGCUGGGAGUGUGUUUCCUGAUGCUUUUUACCCUAACAUCUGCAAGGGAGGAAGAUACCAUCAUGUUUCUGAAGAUACUCACUGGACUCCAUUUCUCAAUGCAAGCAUCCAUUAUAUCCGAGAAACAUAUCCUCUCCCUUGGGAUAAGGAUACUGAGAAAUUGGUGGCUUUCCUGUUUGGCAUUGUCUCACACAUGGUGGCAGAUGUGAGCUGGCAUAGCCUGGGCAUUGAACAAGGAUUCUUGCAGACAAUGGGAGAAAUUGAUUUUCAUGGGUCUUACAAAGAUGCUCAUCCAGUUGGUGAUUUUGGAGGAGAUGUGUUGAGCCAUUUUGAAUUUAAUUUUAAUUACCUCGGGCGGAAAUGGUAUGUACCUGUCAAAGACCUAAUGGGAAUAUACAAGAUACUCCAUGGCAAGGAAGUCAUAACAAAAAAGGCAAUAAUUGACUGUUCCUAUCUUCAAUUCUUAGAAUUGUAUGGUGAGAUGUUGGUUAUUUCCAAGCUUUAUCCAAAUUUUGCAAAAAAGUCUCCAUUUUUGGUGGAACAGUUCCAAGAUUAUUUCCUUGGAGGAUUGGAUGACAUGGCAUUCUGGUCUACUAAUAUGUUUCGUCUAACAAGCUACAUGUUACAGAAUGGGACCAGUGACUGUAGCCUACCUGAGAAUCCUCUGUUCAUGACAUGUGGUCCCAAACAUAAUGACAGCCUUGGAACAAAACUGCAGAAAAAUAUAUGUCAUCAGACUAUAAAUGUAUCCUUAGCUGAAAAUACAAAAGGAAAUAUAAAUUACACAGAAAGAGGCGUCUUCUUCAGUGUGGAUUCGUGGGCUCAUGAUUCAGUCUCCUUUCUGUACCUGACUUUUACAAAGAAGAUGAGAAAAGUGUUUGCCAGUGAACAGCCUAAGCAACAUAAUUAUGUUUCCCAACCCAUAGCAUCUUACUUUCUUUCAUUUCCCUAUGUGAAGCUUGGAUGGUCAAUGAUUUCAGCAGACCUCAACCAGGAUGGCCAUGAGGAUUUGGUGGUGGGAGCGCCAGGCUAUAGCAGAUUGGGCCAUGUUCAGCUGGGGCGAGUAUAUGUCAUCUACAGCAAUGAUCUAGGCUUGCCUCCCAUAGACUUGGACUUGGACAAAGAAGCACAUUUCAUUCUAGAAGGCUUUCAGCCCUCAGGUCGUUUUGGCUCUGCAGUCACAGUGUUGGACUUCAACCAGGAUGGGCUACCUGACCUGGCAGUGGGAGCCCCUUCGGUGGGAGCCGAGAAACUCACUUAUAAUGGGUCAGUGUAUGUCUUUUUUGGAGCUGGAAAAGGAAAAAUAUCUUCUCAACCAAAUGUCACCAUUUCUUGCCAGGACAUGUACUGCAACCUUGGCUGGACGCUCUUGGCAGCAGAUAUUAAUGAUGAUGGUGCCCCUGACCUGGUGAUUGGGUCACCCUAUGCACCCAGCGGAGGAAAGCAGAGGGGACUGGUGGCUGCCUUCUAUUCGGACCCCAUCCAAGAUGCCAAAGAUCAACUGAACGUUGAGGAGGCUAAUUGGAUGGUGAAAGGGGAAGUCGACUAUGCCUGGUUUGGGUAUUCACUUCACAGCCUCAGCCUAAAGAACAGAACCUUGUUGUUAGUUGGGAGCCCAACCUGGAAGAAUAUGAGUAGGGCAGGUAACAUGUUCUACAACCGGGAUGAGAAACAGAGCAUCGGAAAGGUCUACGGCUUUUACCCACCAAGUAAACACAGCUGGUUUAAGAUUUCUGGAGACGAGGCAAUGGGGAAACUGGGCACCUCCAUAUCAAGUGGCGUUGUAGCAGUUGAUGGAGCCCCGAGACAGGUGCUGCUGGUUGGUGCCCCAACUCGUGAUGACAUGUCUAAAAUGGUAUUCUUACCCAUGACCCUGCACCAGGGAGGCCGUACUUGGAUAUAUGACUUGACACCUGACACAAAGCCCUCUUUGCUCGGCACCUUCAGUGGGGAUAGGCGUUUCUCCCGCUUUGGAGGGGCCGUAUACUUAAGUGACCUGGAUGAUGAUGGAUUAGAUGAGAUCAUCAUAUCAGCCCCUCUGAGGACAGAAGACUUCACAAGUGGGCUGCUUGGUGGGGAAGACGGCCGUGUCUACAUCUACAAUGGCAAGAAGGCUGCCCUUGGUGAUGCCACAAGCAAAUGCAAAUCUUGGGUCUCUCCGUGUCCUGAAGAAAAGGCCCAACAUGUAUUGAUUUCUCUUGAAGAAAGUUCAAGAUUUGGAAGCUCUGUGAUCACAGUGAAGUCAAAAACAAAGAGUCAAGUUGUUGUUGCUGCUGGGAGGAGUUCCACAGGAGCCAGACUAGCUGGAAUGCUUCACAUCUACGAUCUGGGAGUCAACUAGAGACCUCACUGCUUCCCUGCCUACCCCUCCCUUUCCCAUGGAGAGGCCUCUGACGUGGACAAAGUAGCACCUCAAGUCUACCCACUGUGGAGCAUCAUUUAAGUGCAGCUUCUGGGAAGGUUGGGAGAUGAUAGGAAGAGUGUCGGGCAACUGGGAACUGUGGAAGCAUUCAAUUAUAUGACUCGACCAUCCUAUCAAAUAUCAGAAAUUUCUCUUGCAUACAUCCCCUUUUCCAAAUUUGUUUCCUUGUUUCCCCUUGCACAUGACAUGUUUUCCUUCUCUUUUGGAUUUUCUUGGCUUCUGAAUUGGGUGUUAAAAGACUCUUUCAAAUCUCAGAUCUACCACUUAACCCUCUGUGCCCUUGAGAAAAAUUACUCCCUCCAGGUCUGUUUCCUCAUCUGUAAAAAUGAGGGAGUUGGGCUGGGUGGCUUCCAAGAUCCCUUCCAAAUCUAAAACCAGGAGCUCCUGAGCUGCUGCCAAACCUAUUUCCUCCUCCCACUUCUCUGUAGUCCUUCCUGUUUCCUGUAAUGGUGCUCUUGGCUUUACCUAUUUAGUAAGCCCUGAAAAUUUGCUUCUACCAUUAGAGAAGCUUAAUAUUAAUUAUAAUUAUACUGGAGCUAGUCUAAAGUGAAGAUUGACUAUGGGAUCAGGAGGCGAUCCAGCAUUCUAGGCUCCUUUAUGUAACAUUAAGGAAAGCAUUCCUUUGUAAGUACUGAUAACAUGGUGUAUCUUUUGCUUAUGAUAUUCUGUAUUAUAACCACUCCCAGCAAGUUAUGCUGUCAUCUGUCCCAGAUUAUAUUUAACUGGAGUACUGAGAAAUCUUUAUUUACUAUAACAGUCAGAUGUGACAGUAAAGGUGUAAAACUCAUCUCUGUCCAACCCAAGGGCUUUACUAAUGAUCAGCCCAUAGCAACUCGGGGUGGGUGGGUGGAGAAAGGUCAGUAAACUGGAAGAGAAGAUAUGUAUAAUGAUAGUCCCAGUUAUCUAUCUUAGGGGUAUUCUUGGUGUUCUGAACACUUCAGGAGUACUUAAGGAGUAAAUAUAUAAGAGGAAUAUUUCCUAGGUUCUCUAAGUACCAGAGUGUGGGAUGAGAAGAGAUCCCAGGAAGAAUCCAAUCUAAGGGUGGGGGGUGAUAAAAGUAAAGAAGAGACAAAAAAAGGGAUAAGAUAACUCUGUAGGUACAUCUAUUCAUAAUUCUAAAGUGACUUCUGACCUAAGUUGGAGGUAUGGGGAGAAAGGAGAUGACUUCUUUUCUGAAAUACAAUUUGCCAGAAAGACAUUCCAUGUUAUAUUCUCUAUAUAAGAACAACAGAAACAAAAACUAACAUGCAAAACACUAUAGAGAUAAUCAUACUUGGCAGUUUAAGAUAGUUAUAUUUUUAAAAUUCCUUAAAUUGCAUCUCAAAUAAAUAUUACUGAACAGAGAAA